UUAUUUGUUUAAAGUGGUUUUUAUUCCUAUUUCAUAUAUGUUGAUGCCAAAAUGAAUAUUAGCUGAAUUAAGCAACACUGUUCGAAUUUUCAUUACAUAUUUAAUAUAAUUCGCCCUAUAAAGACGCGGUCUGCUUCAUGCGGCAAGAAAGAAUAAGAGUGAGAGGCUUUAUUUGCCGUUGAGAAAUAAUAUAAAGUAAAAUAAAUAUAAAUAUAAAAGUGAAGCGUAAAGAAACAAAUCUUUCUUAAUAAAUUAGUUAAAAAGCAUUUAUUAAACCUGAUAAUUACGUGUUUAAUAGAUAGAAAAGUUUAAAAAAUAUACCACAAUGCAGUCACAUAAUAAAAAGAGGGUCUGCUAUUAUUAUGAUAGUGAUAUUGGUAACUACUACUAUGGCCAGGGUCAUCCUAUGAAGCCACACCGCAUACGUAUGACCCAUAAUCUGCUGCUAAAUUACGGUCUCUAUAGGAAAAUGGAAAUAUAUCGUCCUCACAAAGCUACUGCCGAUGAAAUGACUAAAUUCCACUCAGAUGAAUAUGUACGCUUCCUGCGGUCGAUACGACCGGACAAUAUGACUGAAUAUAAUAAGCAAAUGCAGCGUUUUAAUGUUGGUGAAGAUUGUCCCGUUUUCGAUGGUCUAUAUGAGUUUUGUCAAUUGUCAGCCGGUGGUUCUGUAGCAGCCGCAGUCAAAUUGAAUAAACAAGCUUCCGAAAUCUGUAUUAAUUGGGGUGGUGGUUUGCAUCACGCUAAAAAAUCGGAGGCUUCUGGUUUCUGUUAUGUCAAUGAUAUUGUGUUGGGUAUUUUGGAAUUGUUAAAAUACCAUCAAAGGGUUUUGUAUAUAGAUAUCGAUGUUCAUCACGGCGAUGGUGUCGAGGAAGCCUUUUACACCACGGAUCGUGUUAUGACCGUUAGCUUUCACAAAUACGGUGAAUAUUUCCCGGGCACCGGCGAUUUACGUGAUAUCGGAGCUGGUAAAGGCAAAUAUUACGCUGUUAACAUACCAUUGCGUGACGGUAUGGACGAUGAGGCUUAUGAAUCGAUAUUUGAACCGAUUAUUGCUAAGGUAAUGGAAACGUUUCAACCGGCCGCUGUUGUCUUACAAUGUGGUGCUGAUUCUCUGACUGGUGACCGUUUAGGCUGCUUCAACUUAACGGUAAAAGGUCACGGCCGUUGUGUGGAAUUUGUUAAAAAAUACAAUUUACCAUUUUUAAUGGUCGGUGGUGGCGGUUACACUAUACGCAACGUAUCACGUUGCUGGACAUAUGAAACCUCUGUGGCUUUGGGUGUUGAAAUAGCAAACGAACUGCCGUAUAAUGAUUACUUCGAGUACUUUGGACCUGAUUUUAAAUUGCAUAUCAGUCCUAGCAAUAUGACCAAUCAAAAUACUGCAGAAUACUUGGAAAAAAUACGCAACAGACUAUUUGAGAAUUUACGCAUGUUACCGCACGCUCCGGGUGUUCAAAUACAAACUAUACCAGAAGAUGCAGUUAACGAUGAGUCUGAAGACGACGAUAAGAUGGAUAAAGACGAAAGAAUUCCCCAAAGUGAUAAAGAUAAGCGUAUAGUGCCGGAUAAUGAGUUCUCCGAUUCAGAAGAUGAAGGUGAAGGCGGCCGCCGGGACAACCGUUCAUUUAAGGGACAGAGAAAGAGGCCACGGUUAGAAAAGGAUAGUAACAAGACGACCGUUACUGAAAACGCGGACGUUAAAGAUGAAAAAGAAAAGAUGGACACCAACGAAACGGAGGAGCCUGCUAAAAGUGAAGACACCAAGAAAGAGAACAGCAUAUGACGUGGUGGUCGCAAUUGGUUAUAGAAACCAAUCAAGCGUGCGUCUAAGCCGAAAAUCUUUUAACGUCUCAUAAGGCAAAGGAACUGGAAUUCUGAAAACUUUAUUUUUUAUUUUCUUUUAUAGAUUUUGUAUUAUCGAAAUAAGAAGUAAUAGUUAAGUGUGUGCGCGCGUAUGCUUUUUUUUUAACUUUAUUUUUAUUAUUUUCUUAGAAACUAUCAGAGAAGACUAUGAAAAUUUACAUGAGAUCCUAGUUUUUCUCAUUUGCUUUCUCUUGUCCUUACGAUCACUUUACAGCAAGUCUCAAAUAUUGA